UCACUGCCGCACCUGCGCAGCCAUCUUGUACUUCGAGCGAGAGGAUAGGGCAGAAAGGAAGAAUAGCUGGGAAAAUAACGAACUGAUAUCGGAAUAUCUAGGAAUGUCCGCCAAGUAAAACCGACAAAACGACGUUUUUAGAACUUCAGAGAAUUGAGCUCACCAGCCACAGAUUAAAAAUAAUCCUUACAAGUGCCUCGGAGAAUCCAGACUCACAAGUCAUCUAUUUGCCUCAAAGCGGAGCGCGAGAGGAGGAAGGAACAGUGUCAAAUCGACAGAAAACAGCCCGGCCCACAGUCACACCAUGAAUCCCGAAUAUGACUACCUGUUCAAACUCCUUCUCAUUGGCGACUCUGGUGUAGGAAAAUCGUGCCUUCUGUUGCGAUUUGCUGAUGACACCUACACAGAGAGUUAUAUUAGCACCAUUGGGGUAGACUUCAAAAUCCGCACCAUAGAGCUGGACGGCAAAACCAUCAAGCUACAGAUUUGGGACACUGCAGGCCAGGAACGAUUCCGCACCAUCACCUCCAGCUACUACCGCGGAGCCCACGGCAUCAUUGUGGUCUAUGAUGUCACAGAUCAGGAAUCUUACAAUAAUGUGAAGCAGUGGCUCCAGGAAAUCGACCGCUACGCCAGCGAAAACGUAAACAAGCUGCUGGUUGGGAACAAGUGUGACCUCACCACUAAGAAAGUAGUGGACUACACCACUGCCAAGGAGUUUGCCGAUUCCCUGGCCAUCCCCUUCCUGGAGACCAGUGCCAAGAACGCCACCAACGUGGAGCAGGCCUUCAUGACCAUGGCAGCCGAGAUCAAGAAGCGCAUGGGCCCCGGCGCCACGGCUGGCGGUGACAAGCCCAACCUGAAGAUCGACAGCACGCCGGUGCGGCAGUCUGGCGGUGGCUGCUGCUAAAGUGCACACACGGUCGGGACGGACCUUCUCCCGGACCCCCCCUCCACAUCCACACCCCACCAAUCACACACACACACACACACACACACACACACACACACACACACACACACACACACACACACAUAUCCAACCUCUCACUUUCACACCCUAAACAGUCAACCCAGGCCCAGCGUUCCUCAGCACCAUUUGACCUCUCCUCACCCAACCUGUUCCAGUGUAACAUCGCCUGACAGGGAGAGCUGCCCAGAGCCUACAAACAGGCAUCACCUAGGUGUGUAGCUCCGAAAGCGAGAGGGAGGGAAAGAGAGUGUGAGCGGGAGAGAGAGGAUGUAGAAGACGAGAGCAGCAUAAUGAUGGUGGUCAGGUGAGCAGAGAAGAAGGGAUAGACUGGAAAAGAGAAGGAGAGCGGGAGGAGAGAAGGAGAGCAGGGGAGAGGUGUUUAGCUAUUACUCAUGUGGGAGGUGUAAAGGAGAGGGUCGGGAGCAGUUAGAAGAGAUAGCUAUUGAUCCUGAGAGGGGGGAGGAGCAAACAGAGAUUAGGCUCUGGUUUCAGUGUUGGUAUCUCUCUUAUCUCUCACUUACACACACACAUACACGGUGGGCAAACACACACACACACACACACACACAUACACACACAAACACACACACGGUCUCUCUUCCCGAAGUAGAGUUUGGUUUGUGGGAAAGGGUUUGAAGGUGUUUGAGAACUGGCUUUUGUGUUUGUUUAGGUUGUUUUUUUUCUGUCCCUCUAGUCAUUUGCAGGGUUUUCUCAAGGUUCAGUGUUUGUGGUCAGGUGACAUGUCGUCCCCUUCCCUCCAUCCCAUGAACUCAGUUGAAAAACACUCAAUAAUGGGACACACUUGGUCUCAAUACCUACCUUUUCUCUCAUAGCUAACACCCCCCCAAAUCCAUGGAGGAGACGGGUUAAGAGUCAUUGCACCCUGGGAAUAUUGAGGUCCUCUUUGGGGAGGUGCAGGGUCUGUGUUUUGAUUGGGUUUCGGGUGGAUGGGAGGGAGGGCGGUUCGUACAAAUGUCUUUUUUUUUUUUUCGUCUUACAACAGAUGAAAUUCAGAACAGUUUCAAUCUUCACCUUAAAAUAAGCGCUGAACUUCUAAUAUCUAUAAUACUUGUAAUUAUGUGUCCUUGAAGUAACACAGAAAUGCACGCGCACACACACACACACACACACACACAUCAACAUACAGUGAUGUAUGAGGGUGGGUUGGGGGUAUAGUCAGUGCUUGGGUUUUGAAUCAAAAAUGGUCUGACGAAUAGACAAGAAUUGGCAAUAUUUCUGUAUUUUGCAUCUGCAUCUUAAUAGUUGGACAUUAUUGUUAUUAUGAUUGUGAUUUUAUGAACAUUUUUUGUUUGCAGAGAAGGUUUUUUUGUAAUCAUGAAACCUUCUACAGAGGCAUAAAGCUGUAGUCAGUUGGCAGGCAGGUGGUAGUGCUGGGUGAGGGAGGAGGACGAGGAAGUGGAGGCCGAUUGGUCUGUUCAUGUUCCAGUUUUAGUAUGUGUGCCACUGAUGCAAGCAUGGCCUGUUUUUUAUGUAGAUGGCAAAGAUGCUUGGUGUGGCAGCAAGGGGUUUUCGUCUUUCUCUCUCUCUCGCUCUGUUUGUUUUUUUUGCUUUCCAUUUUGUAGUUCCAGCUACUGUUCCUUCUCCCAACACCCAUGUUGCCCCUCUGCCUCCCUCUUCCAUACGAAACGGCCAAGAUCCCUAAAGCUCCUCCCGUCGUCCCCAGAGAAAGGCUGCCGCUGCUGCUGCUGCUGCUGCUGCUUCAGAGCCCUCAAACCCCAGCUCCAGGGUUGCGUGUUGCCACGGCGCCCUCAAACCCCAACUCCAGGGUUGUGUGUUGCCAUGGCGCCCUAGUGUAUGAACAGUGACUUGGCAGAGAGACGUGUCCAUGAGGACGUGGCCUCAAUUGGACUGGAGCCUGAGAAUGACUUUUGACACGGCUUUUGACCUGACCGACCACUUAGCAUCAAGGCUUUUACCUGCUCAUGCCUAAACUGUGUCCCCCUGAUGCUCUGGCUUGCCUUCGAGCUCAAUCCUCGUCAUCUGCCUGCCUGCCUUCUUCUGAUUGGAUGGCCUUGAGCUUGGCUGAGUCAGAACUUCCGAGGUCUUAUUGCUGGCUGGCUGUCAUUCGCCCUCUGCACUCUUUUACCUUUCUCUGUGUUGAAUGUAAGGAAAUAUUUGAAGUGUCGUCCCCCCCCACCCCCCACCCGCCCACACACAUAUAUACUCCUUAUGCUCCUUUUUAACCAUGGGCUGGUACAUCAUUUCACACUCUAGGAUGGUGCAGCAUGCUUCAGAGGUGUCUUGGUUGGGCAAGCCCUCUGUUGAAGGCCAUGCCUUUUUGCAACGUUCCUUUAAGUCUCUUGGGUCAUACGGACAUUAUGAUUAGUAAGGCUGGACUUGUUAGACUGGAGUGCGUGUGUUUGUUUGGUGCGAUGUACUGUACUGUUUGUCAGGGGCUGGGACUGACUGGUCUAAGUAAUGCGAGACCGGAUAUGACCUCCCAGAGUUUCUUCAUGUUGCCCAGGCGGUCACAGCUCAUUAAGUCAGGUAGUCCUCCCUUCUCAUCCCCCUCCACACACACACACACACACACACACAAUCACACACACACCCACACACACGCACACACACCCUCAACCAGUCAACCAACAGUCCUGACUAGAAGUCUCCCUCGUUCUCUCCCCUCACAUCCAACAGUAUCUGAGCCUGGGCCUUCUGCCGCCUCUGAGAAAGGGGUCUGGAAGAGUUUUCAGAAGAGAGAUAAGAGUCUUUUUGCCUGCCAGAUGGGCGUAUGAAAAAACGCUGCCUUUGUAGCUCUGCAACUCAUGAGAGUUGGCGUUAUUUUUCACUUUGAGCCUCUUCCCUUUUUGCGCUCAAGAGUUGUCAGAGCUUCUAGAAUGCACCACAGAUCACUUUGAAAGUCCCUGAUUUGAAAACAACAAAAACAGCGCCUCCAUAUACCAGGAGUUUUCAAGUGCGAAACGGAUCCGUUCACUGGCGGGUUUUAAACCUAAUAUUCUUCAAUAAUGAUUAUAAGAUUGCGCCCCCCCAUCUCUCAGCAGACCAUGGCCAUGUUCUUCUGGAGUAGAGGAGGUUGGUGUGUGCUGUAUGUGCCUCAGUGUACAGAACCCAGCCAUAGAACACGUGAAGUAUCACUGUAACUGGCGUCUGGACGUCGACUCUUGCGCCAAUAUGUGUAAGUGUAGCCUGUUGUGGUUCAUGUAUUAACCUGCUAACCUCGGUUUAGAGUAGAUCUUCACUUCUAACACUACCAUGAAUUCACAAGUCACCCAUUGAUCAUGCUUUUUUUUUUCUUUUUUUUGUCGGUUAAGCUCCAGAUGAUUCAUUAUUUGCUCCCCUCGGAAGAAUGACUCUUGCAGUAAUCCCCACUGUGUUUAUGUGGAGGGAACAGUGGUGGGGUGGGGAGAGGGUGGAACCAGGGUUAGACAUUGUGUAUGACAUUCCUGCUCUUUAAGAAAAUGAAAAUAAAACAAACAACCAAAAACAAAUGACCUCUACCAGUUAAUCUUGAUCUCACUGGAGCUUCUGAGAUGGAGAGAUAAAAAAAAGAAAACAUUGUCUUGCCCUUUUUUAUUUGUUUUAUCCUGCACUCACUGUAAAGAGCCACAAACGGCAACCUUUCAAAGACAGGCCCCCAAAACUGUAGCUGCAGUCUGGAUGCCUUGUGGCCACGUUGAAGAUUUUAGUUUUAGUUUUGUUUUGUUUGUCACAGAAAGGGGUUUUGCUUUCUUUUUAUAAAUCUAUAAAUUGAAAUAUACUGUGGUAAUAACUGUGUCUGGUCCAUAGAAGAGAAACAGGGUUGUAGAACUUGUAGGCUUCGAGAGUUGAAGGAACGGAAGGGGUUGGGGGGGGGAGGGCAGGGGGGUUGGGGGGGGGGGGGGGGGGACCAUUGCUUUUGAAUGUGAAGGUAAAUGAUGGAGCCUCGCUACAAUACAUUUUUGUUUUGUUUUUUAACACAAAAGGGGCUUUUCUCUUGGUUGUUUGCACACUUUAAUUUUGCUUCUGUCUUUCUUUGUUACACUUCUUUCUCUUCUUAAGCAGAAUUUAAAGACGUAUGCGCUUUCUUAAAAAAAAAAAAAAAAUGCUGAGCACCGGACUGUUCCUUUCCUCUCCUCCUCCCCCUCGCGCUCCUCUCUCUCCUCUCUCUCCCUCUGCUUGUUUACCCACUGUACGGUGCUAUGUCAUUGCUCAGUUUAAUCAUGUUUUUUUCUGUACAUACUAUAAAUAUAUAUAUAAUAAAACAUCAUAAAAAUGA